CCUUGUAUAAUAUAGAAUUUAGUUUUUGAAUAUAUAUAGUUUGUUUUUCACAUUUAUUUUAUUUCAUUUUAUGGGUUUAUAAUGGUUUUAUCAAUGUAUUAAUUGUCGUUUAAAAGUUUCAUUCGUAAAAAAUGUAAAAGUCAACCCAUGUCAAGAAGUCAAAAAAACUAAAAAGCGAACGAAAAAGUCUUAAAAACCUCGUAGAAGCACUUCUUUUCAACUAACCCAAGAGCCCUACAAUGUCAAUUCUUUCCACUUUGGUCUCGUACUUACCAAGAACAACCCCCCAAGGUGGUUACUUACCACACUGGUUACUCUUCAUCUCGGUAGUCUCGAUUUUCAACUCUGUUCAAACCUACCAAAGCAAAGACUUGGCCCUUACUAAAAAAGUUUAUGACAAUUCCAAACCGGGCCAAGUCACCGAUUUGAGUGCCAGAACUUUUGGUACUUGGACCUUCAUAACCUCAAUCGUUAGAUAUUACGGUGCAUAUCACUUAAUUGGUAAUAAACUGGUUUAUGAAAUGGUUAUGUGGACUUUUGUCGUUGCUGGUGGCCAUUUCAUCAGUGAAUGGUUGUUUUACCGUACAGUUAACUUUGGUAAAGGUUUGGCCGGUCCAUUAAUUGUCAGUACUGUCAGUUUCACAUGGAUGUACUUACAAAAAGAUUUUUACUUGGGCUUUUAAUUACUUAUCUUUAAUAUAUUUGCAUUAGUCUUCCCAA